CAAAAAUCCAAAAUGGAUCCCGUGUUGUUAUGAUAUGUCAAUGCCAAUGCCAAAAAAUACUUUGGGUACUUAUUUGAAAUAAUAAAAUAAAAAAUAAUAUUCCUCGAUAAUUCUUGGACAAUUCUCUCGGUUUUUUUGGUUCAUUGCCAUUGCACAUAGAUUUAUCGCAGUAAAUGGUAUUUAGGAACAGGAACACACAAUAAGACGAAGAUUUUCUUAACUUUUGAGUAAAUACAAAACAAAACAAUGUCCAUAGAAAUAGAAUCGGCGGAUGUUAUUCGCCUCAUUCAACAAUACCUCAAAGAGUCUAACCUCACCAAAACAUUACAAACAUUGCAGGAAGAGACUGGCGUCUCUCUCAACACAGUAGACAGUGUGGAUGGAUUCUGUGCAGACAUCAACAAUGGCCACUGGGACACUGUCCUCAAAGCCACCGCAUCCCUCAAGUUGCCAGACAAGAAGUUGAUGGAUCUAUAUGAACAAGUUGUACUGGAACUGAUUGAGUUGAGGGAGCUGGGUGCUGCAAGGACACUGCUGCGGCAAACGCAGCCCUGUCUACUGAUGAAGCAGCAGGAGACUGACAGAUAUAUGCACCUUGAAAACAUGCUAGCUCGUUCGUAUUUCGAUCCUCGGGAGGCCUACGGCGGGGCUCGAGGAACGGCGGGAGGGGGCAAAGAGUGGAGGCGUGCGGCGCUUGCUGCGGCUUUGGCAGGCGAAGUUUCUGUCGUGCCAUCUUCGCGUCUGCUGGCUUUGUUGGGACAGGCUCUCAAGUGGCAACAGCAUCAGGGGCUGUUACCUCCUGGUACAACCAUCGAUUUGUUCCGAGGUAAAGCUGCAAUAAGAGAUGAAGAAGACGAUCAGUGUCCAACACAACUCUCCAAAAUGAUCAAGUUUGGUCAGAAAUCACAUGUUGAAUGCGCAAGGUUCUCUCCAGAUGGGCAAUACCUAGUCACAGGUUCAGUAGAUGGCUUAGUGGAAGUGUGGAACUUUACGACGGGCAAGAUACGUAAGGAUCUCCGUUAUCAAGCUCAUGACGAGUACAUGAGUAUGGAGGAAGCUGUGUUGAGCUUAGCCUUCGCUCGUGACAGCGACACAUUGGCUGCUGGCUCCAACGAUGGCAAGAUUAAAGUAUGGAAAGUGUCGUCAGGUCAGGUGCAGCGCAAGCUGGAGCGCGCGCACGCGAAGGGCGUCACGUGUCUGCAGUUCACGCGCGACAACACGCAGAUCCUCUCCGCAUCCUUCGACCGCACCAUCAGAAUCCACGGGCUAAAAUCUGGCAAGAUCCUAAAAGAGUUCCGCGGGCAUACAUCUUUCGUCAACGAAGCUGUGUUCACUCCGGAUGGUCACAGUGUGCUCAGUGCUUCUUCUGAUGGUACAGUCAAGGUUUGGUCAGUACGGACGGGUGAAUGCACGGCGACCCUCAAGCCCCUGGGGUCCGGGGAACCCCCCGUCAACUCCCUGCUGCUAACGCCGAAGAACCCUGACCACUUCGUAGUGUGCAACCGCACUAACACCGUAGUCAUUAUGAACAUGCAGGGUCAGAUAGUGCGUUCGUUCUCGAGCGGUCGUCGCGAGGCGGAGGGCGGGUCGCUAGUGUGCGCCGCUCUGGGCGCGCGCGGCCGGCUUGUGUACUGUGCGGGCGAGGACCUCGUGCUCUACGCCUUCUGCGCGGCCAGCGGGAAACUGGAGAGAACUAUUAACAUUCACGAAAAAGCGGUAAUAGGUAUGACACACCACCCGCAUCAAAAUCUAUUGGCCACCUACAGUGAAGACGGGCUGCUCAAGUUGUGGAGACCGUAGACUUUUACUUGAGUAGACGCGUGCAUUUUAAGUUUUUAUUCUAGUAUGGACUGACACUGAGACUUGUUUUUAAGCCUGAUAGGUCGCUAUAAAAAUUGUGUUAAUACUUUUAAUUUUAGUUUUAAGUGACAUACUUAUAGUAUAAAAUAAAUAAUUAUU